AUGGGUAGCGGGGAUGAUUGGUUGCCACUUUGGUUUUCAGCUGUGGUAAGGGAGACUUCAGAAACUCGCAUACUGGGCAAAUCGAUCACACGCACUCGUGAACCCCGGCUGGUUGGCCGUGUUGACGGUGCCGCUCUGGAGCGGAUGGCGUUAAUUAUGGGAUUCAAGAAUGAGAGCGUCGUUGGUGAUGCUCAGGAUUCCUUCCUACCACUCUCGCAAGCCCCGCGUCGAAGAGAAUCGCCUGCACAUCGAACCAAACAUGACACGCAAUCUCUUUCAACAACGACCAGGCUCGUCUUCUGGGUUUUCGGCGAUGGUUACGAUCGUACUAUCGGUGUCGACAUCGCGUUGAACAGGGAUGUCGAGGAUCUUAAGAAAGCAAUCAAAGAAGAAAUAAAGAAAGCAUUGGAACACGUCGGCGCUGAAGCACUUGUCAAAUUCGAUGACAAUUUUGAGGAAGCGCUCAAUCUCACCGAACGACCACUAUCAGGCCGGAGGGAGUUGGGACCGCUCUUUUUGCAUAAAUCUCCCAAUGCUGCUCGUUGCCUCGAUAUCGUGGUAAUACCCAGUGGUGCAUUCUCGUAG